UGUAUCGCUCACUCUCUCUAUACACAUCUCUUCAAAGUUCAAACCGUACUAAUGCCACUUGAAAAAUGGAAAAAGAAUGGGAGCUCUGCAAUCAUCUCUGGAUCUGACGAUCAAUUAUAGAGAAAUGACAAAAACCCAGAAAUUUGUUCAAUAGAUCUUGGCUGGAAAAUCCCAGCUCAGCCCAUUCUUGAGGGUCUGUUAUUGGUGGUGGUGGUGGUGGAAGAUGGGUUCUGGUUCUAGUAAGCAGAAUGUAGCUUCUUCUUCGUCUUCAUCGCCGUCGCCAUCGCAGUUGCAUUCGCCGUCACCGCCGCUGACGUCGCCGUCUGUGAGAAGGAGUCGAUCUUACAGGAAUAGAGGAGUGUUCAACUCGUCUUGUCUCCGAUCCCAACACCAAUCCGAGUCCCACAAUGCUGACCAGCAGAUGUUUGAUAAUAAAUCUAAGAGAAAUGGAUUUGAUGGCUGUUGUGCAAAUGGGACCAUGCCUGACUCAAAUGAGGUGAAAACUAAAUGCUGCAGAAAGGUGAAAGUUCAGCAGCCUGAUGAAUUAAACUGUGUGACAUCCAGCAUGGACAGUGAUGAGUGGGAUCAGUCAAGAGGUGGUCGUAUGUCUCGAGCUUUCUCAUCUCGAGGGCUAAACCCCUCAAGUCGUUUCCUUUCUCGCUUGAAUAUAUUACCUGGUAAUAUUCGCUUUAGAAUGAACACAGCAAAUAGUUUAGGUUCUGCGAGACCUUAUUUUGCAUCCUCAACAAGCUUUCAAAUGUCAAAUAAUGAAGAUGAACCAAGUACAUCUGGGAGCAUGAUUGAUGAAAAUGAUAGGAUACACAAUCGUAAUCACUUUCCGAGAUGCUUUAGUAGUCGGUCUCCCAUGUCACCUGGUGAGGACUUAGUUACAGGUGACUUUCUACAGAGUACCUCAACUCGAAGUGCAGCAAGAGAGGGAGUUGAUCCUGGAGUAGACUCUGGUGAGAAUUCAUUUUCUAGAAAUCGUGCAUAUAGUGAAGGUACUGAAGAAGGACUGGCUAAUAGACGUAUUGCAGCUGAGGAGACAGUGGAACAAAAUGUGCGGUUUAGUAGAACUCUGAGUGUUGGCAGACUUCGUGAUAGGGUUCUUCGAAGAACAUCAUUUCCAGACUUUGCUUUUGGUCCUCUUGAACAAGACCGAGAAACAGAACAUGCAAGUCAAGUUAGUGAAGGCCGGAUAUUGGGUGCCGGAAGAAGACCAACAUCAGCUGAAGAGAACUCCGAUUCACAGGCUUCUUCCAGUCGGUCAAGACCUGAUGCGUCUGGUUCAUUGCAUAGGCAUAAUGGUGAUACACCACGACCCAGAGAAGCCAGGUAUCAUGACCUCCUGGAGUAUAGAUCAAAUUUCCUUGAGCGACGCAGAAGAAUAAGAUCUCAGGUGCGUGCACUGCAGCGUCUAGGGAGCCGUUUCGAGAAUCUUUCUGGACAUGAAAGGUCUUGCAUCUUGUCUGGUCAACACAGGAGAGGGCAUUGCACAUGUCGGAUUAAUCCUCGAGAGGCUGAAUCAAAUGAUGAAACUAGUGCUAGGGCCAGCAUAUCAAGAAUUGUGAUGUUGGCAGAAGCUUUGUUUGAGGUUCUGGAUGAAAUUCACCAGCAAUCUGUAGUUUUGUCAUCCCGGCCUUCUAUGUCGUCACUUGGAUCUGUUCCAGCACCAAAUGAAGUGGUGGAGUCCUUGCCUCUGAGAUUAUACAGUAAAUUACAAAAGCAUCUGCAAGAUGAAGUUGCACAAUGUUAUAUUUGCCUUGUUGAGUAUGAGGAAGGUGAUUCUGUACGAGUGUUGCCUUGCCGUCAUGAAUAUCACAAGGCAUGUAUAGACAAAUGGCUAACAGAAAUUCACAGGGUAUGUCCUCUUUGUCGAGGGGAUGUUUGCAGAUCUGAUCCACUGCCUGCGAAUAUUUGAUCUUUAUGUUUCUUCAUCAGUUUCUUGAGCCAGCCGAGCCAGGCAUUUCCUUUUCUGGAUGAAUUUAUGGUCGGUGCACUGCAGUUUUAGAGGUUGAAAAAUUCCGUCUUUGACAUUAUGCUACUGUUGUUGAUGCAUAUAAGCUCUGAAAUGAGCUGGAUUGUCAACACUGGAAAUCAUAGAGGAAGGUGGGGUUUUUUUUUUUUUUUUUUAAAAAAAAAAAAUUGCUGAAAAGCCAUAUCAAUGAUGGGUCCAACGUGCCCUGGUAUGGCAAUUUUCAUGCAACAUGAUUGUAAUCUGAGGAUUACUGCUUCAUGGUGUCAAAGGGCUGUAUGGUAUGUAUCUGGAACUUUAAAUUGGGAAGGGGAAAUCAUGCGAAAGGAAUUGGCAUGAGGUUUCAUAGUAACCUAGAGUUAUGCAUGUUUGAAUAGUAUUUAGAAAUUGAUUUAA